GAAACCCUCUCUCUCUCUUUUUUGCCAUUCACACACAGUACUUACUCUUCAAGCCUGCUGCUGCUGCCACUGCCUGAAAGGACCUGAAAUACCACACAGGGAAUUUUGAUUUCUUCUGGGGAACCAGGGAAAAGAAAAAAAAAAGGCAGAAAAACUCAUCUGGAGACUGUGAAGAAGACAUACAGUAAUAGGAAGAAGUGGCAAGCUCUUUCCUUCUUGAACGCCGAAAAACACCUCAUUUCUCUGCCAGGUGUAUGGGACUUAGAUUCUGGAAGCACUGCACUGAACUGUUAAAGGUAAACUAUGACCACUUUACUAUUGGUGUUUGUGUGUUUGCGAGUCAUCACAGCAGCCGUCUCUGUGGAGCUCUCAGACAGUAGUGAUGGCCUGGAAGUGAAGAUACCUGAGCAGUCUCCCCUGCGUGUUGUCCUGGGAAGCUCCCUGAACAUCCCCUGUUACUUCAACAUCCCAGAGGAAGAGGACACCAGUGCUCUGCUGACCCCAAGGAUCAAAUGGAGCAAACUCUCAAACGGGACCGAAGUUGUCUUGCUAGUGGCCACCGGCGGGAAAAUCCGGCUCAACACUGAGUACAGGGAGGUGAUCUCUUUGCCCAAUUACCCCGCCAUCCCCACCGAUGCCACUUUGGAAAUCAAGGCGCUGAGAUCCAACCACACUGGGAUUUAUCGCUGUGAAGUGAUGUAUGGGAUUGAGGACAGGCAAGACACAAUAGAGGUCCUAGUGAAAGGCAUCGUAUUCCACUACAGAGCAAUCUCCACAAGGUACACCUUGAACUUUGAGAAAGCAAAGCAGGCCUGUAUCCAGAACAGCGCUGUGAUUGCUACUCCCGAGCAGCUGCAGGCUGCCUACGAGGACGGGUACGAGCAGUGUGACGCCGGCUGGCUGGCGGAUCAGACUGUCAGGUACCCCAUCCACUGGCCCCGGGAGCGCUGCUAUGGCGACAAGGAUGAAUUUCCAGGAGUGAGGACCUACGGUGUCCGCGAGCCAGAUGAAACCUAUGAUGUUUACUGCUAUGCAGAGCAAAUGCAAGGUAAAGUCUUCUAUGCCACCGCCCCCGAGAAGUUCACCUUCCAAGAAGCUUUCGACAAAUGCCGCAGUUUGGGAGCCCGUUUGGCCACCACGGGAGAGCUGUACCUGGCCUGGAAGGAUGGCAUGGACAUGUGCAGCGCGGGCUGGCUGGCCGAUCGCAGCGUCCGCUACCCCAUUUCCAGAGCACGGCCCAACUGUGGAGGAAACCUGGUGGGUGUGCGGACGGUGUACCUCUACGUCAACCAGACGGGGUACCCGCACCCCGACUCUCGCUACGAUGCCAUCUGCUACAGCGGGGACGACGUUGAGAUUCUGGUCCCAGGGCAGUUCAUCGACGAGACGGGAAGCGAGCUGGGCAGUGGUUUCACUGUCCAGACUGUCACCCAGACUGAAGUGGAGUUACCUCUGCCCCGCAACGCCACCGAGGAGGAGGCCCGUGGCAGCAUCGCCACCCUGGAGCCCAUUGAGAUCACACCUACUGCCACUGAGCUCUACGAGGGCUUCACUGUCCUGCCCGAUCUCUUCGCCACUGGUGCCACAGUAGAGACAGCUGCCCCAGGGGAGGAGAACAUGACCAGGGGGGAUGUCACGGGGGUGGGGACUGUGCCUGAAGAGGUCACCACCAUAGCCUUAGGCACUGCCAUCACCACCGAAACGGCAGAGGUGAGCUCGGUGGAAGAGGUUGUGGGGGUGACUGCCACACCAGGACUAGAGUCUGCCUCAGCACUCACAGUGGAAGAUCAGCUCAUGCAAGCGACAGCAGCCCCCGGUGUUGGUCUCCUCCCUAAGCAGCCCAUCUCCCCCACGGGUGUGGUGUUUCACUACCGUGCCGCUACCAGCAGAUAUGCCUUCUCCUUCGUCCAAGCCCAGAAGGCAUGCCUGCAGAACAACGCCGUUAUUGCCACUCCUGAACAGCUCCAGGCUGCCUACGAGGCUGGCUUUGACCAGUGUGAUGCCGGCUGGCUGCGGGACCAGACAGUCAGGUAUCCCAUUGUGAAUCCCCGAAGUAACUGCGUAGGAGACAAAGAGAGCUCUCCAGGCGUGCGGUCGUAUGGCAUGCGCCCAGCCUCAGAGACCUACGAUGUGUACUGCUACAUCGACAGGCUCAAGGGCGAGGUGUUCUUUGCAACUCAGCCAGAGCAGUUCACCUUCCCAGAAGCUCAGCGGUACUGCGAGAGCCAGAACUCCACGCUGGCCUCUGUUGGCCAACUCCAUGCUGCCUGGAAGCAGGGCCUGGACAGAUGCUACGCUGGCUGGUUAGCCGAUGGCAGCCUCCGCUAUCCCAUCGUGAGCCCCCGUCCUGCCUGCGGGGGGGAUGCUCCUGGCGUGAGGACUGUCUACCAGCACUACAACCAGACUGGCUUUCCCGACCCCCUGUCCCGACAUCACGCCUUCUGCUUCAGAGCUCUGCCACCUGCGGAGGAGGAGGGGGUCACCUCAUUCUUUGAAGAAGAUGUGCUGGCAACCCAAGUGAUCCCUGGAGUAGAGGGGGUACCCUCUGGGGAAGAGGUGACCGUGGAGACGGAGUUUGCCACUCAACCUGAGAGUCAGACAGCCUGGGGGACAGAGGUCUUUCCAACAGACGUGUCGCUGCUCUCAGUGAGUCCAUCUUCUUUUCCUCCAGCUACUGUAAUACCAGAGGAAACGAGCACCAAUGCUUCCAUCAGUGAAGUGUCAGGGGAGGUGACUGAAUCUGGAGAACAUCAAGUCAGUGGUGAAUCUUCAACAUCCGGGUGGGUAUCUGGAAUCCCAGAUACAAGUGGAGAACCAACUUCUGGAGUUUUUGAACAUAGUGGAGAACACUCAGGGAUCGGAGAAAGUGGAUUACCAUCGGUAGAUCUGCAUACCAGUGGCUUUCUACCUGGAGAAAGUGGGCUACCCUCAGGGGACUUGAGUGGGGUGCCUUCUGGCACUGUUGACAUCAGUGGCUUAUCUUCUGCAGAGGAAGAUGUAUCAGUGUCAAUUUCAAGGAUACCAGAAAUUAGAGGGAUGCCAUCUGGAGUGGAAAGCAGUGGGCUGCCUUCUGGAUUUAGUGGAGAUAUCUCUGGCACUGAGCUAGUCAGUGGCGUGUCAUCUGGAGAGGAAAGUGGACUCACCUCUGGUUUUCCUACUGUCUCUCUUGUGGAUACUACAUUGGUGGAAGUUGUCACAACGGCUCCAGAACGACGAGAGGAGGGAAAAGGAUCCAUCGGAGUCAGCGGUGAAGGAGAUCUGUCAGGGUUCCCAUCCAGUGAGUGGGACACCAGUGGCAGAGCCCACGGAUUACCCUCAGGAGCUGAGCUCAGCGGGGAGCCCUCUGGAGAGCCUGAGCUCAGCGGGGAGCCUUCUGGGGUGCCCGAGCUCAGCGGGGAGCUCUCCAGAGGGUCUGAGCUCAGCGGGGAGCCUUCUGGGGUGCCCGAGCUCAGCGGGGAGCCCUCUGGAGGGCCUGAGCUCAGUGGGUUGCCCUCAGGACUGGAUGUCAAUGGAGAACUAUCUGGAACACAUGAGGUCAGUGGCCUUACUGACCUAAGUGGCCUUACUUCUGGUAUUGAAGGAAGCGGAGAGGCCUCAGGCAUUACUUUUGUAGAUACCAGUUUGGAGGAAGUGACAACAACCCCCUCAAUUACGGGAGCAGAAGCAAAAGAGAUUUUGGAAAUCAGUGGAUUGCCUUCAGGAGGUGAAGAUGCAUCAGGCAUGGUAUCUGGGAAUUUAGACAUCAGUGGUGAGCCUUCUGGGCAUGUAGACUUUGGUGGGAGUGCUUCUGGAGUGCUUGAGAUGAGUGGACAGCCGAGUGGAGUGAUUGACAGCAGCGGAGAGGUCUCUGGAGUUGAUGUCACCAGUGGCCUACUGUCUGGAGAGGAAAGUGGACUCACCUCUGGCUUUCCCACAGUCUCUCUUGUGGAUACCACCUUGGUGGAAGUUGUAACACAGGCAUCAGUGGCCCAAGAGGUGGGAGAAGGGCCAUCUGGGAUGAUAGAAAUCAGUGGAUUUCCCUCUGGAGACAGAGGACUAUCUGGAGAAGGCUCUGGAGCCGUGGAGGCUAGUGGGUUUCCUUCAGGGACAGUAGACUUCAGUGGAGAGCCGUCCGGGUUCCCGUACAUCAGUGGAGACAUUUCUGGAGCCACAGAUCUAAGUGGAGAAUCUUCAACAGUGACUGAUAUUAGUGGGGAGUCCUCAGGGCUUCCAGAAGUCACUUUAGUCACUUCUGAUUUAGUAGAAGUUGUGACAAGCCCAACAGUAUCACAGGAAUUGGGUGGGGAAACAGCUGUCACAUUUCCCUACAGUUUUGGGCCAAGUGGUGAGUCCUCUGCAUCUGGUGAACUAAGUGGGGAAACACCUGCAUUGCCAGAAAGUGGUAUCGAAACAUCAACAGCUUAUGAAAUCAGUGGUGAAACAUCUGCAUUUCCUGAAACUAGUCUAGAAACAUCCACAAUUCAAGAAAUCAGUGGGGAAACAUCUGCAUUUCCUGAAACUAGUGUAGAAACAUCCACGUUUCAUGAAAUCAGUGGGGAGACAUCUGCAUAUCCUGAAUUUAGCAUAGAAACAUCAACAAUUCAAGAAAUCAGUGGGGAGACAUCCGCAUUUCCUGAAAUUAUCAUAGAAACAUCCACACAUCAAGAAGCCAGGGGUGAAACAUCUGGCUAUCCUGAAAUUAGCAUAGAAACUUCCACAGUUCAAGAAGUAAGUGGGGAAACUUCUGCAUUCCCUGAAAGUAGCACAGAAACAUCCACAAUACAAGAAAUCAGUGGGGAAGCAUCUGCAUUUCCUGAAAUUAGAAUAGAGACAUUCACAAGUCAAGAGGCCAGGGGUGAAGUAUCUGGCUAUCCUGAAAUUAGCAUAGAAACAUCUACAGUCCACGAAACCAGUGGAGAAACAUCUGCCUUUCCUGAAAUUAGCAUAGAAACUUCAGCAGUCCAUGAAAUCAGUGGCGAAACUUCUGCAUUUCCUGAAAUUAGCAUAGAAACUUCCACAGUGCAUGAAAUAAGUGGAGAAAGUUCUGCAUUUCCUGAAAUUAGAAUAGAAACAUCCACAAAUCAAGAAGCCCGGGGUGAAACAUCUGGCUAUCCUGAAAUUAGCAUAGAAACAUCCACAGUCCAUGAAACUGGUGGGGAAACAUCUGCAUUUCCCGAAAUCAGCAUAGAAACUUCGACGGUCCACGAAAUCAGUGGAGAAACUUCUGCCUUUCCUGAAAUUAGCAUAGAAACUUCAACGGUCCACGAAAUCAGUGGCGACACAUCUAUAUUUCCUGAAAUUAGGAUAGAAACAUCCACAAGUCAAGAAGCCCGAGGUGAAACAUCUGCCUUUCCUGAAAUUAUCAUAGAAACAUCCACAGUUCAAGAAGUAAGUGGGGAAACUUCUGCGUUUCCUGAAAUUAGAAUAGAAACAUCCACAAGUCAAGAGGCCCGGGGUGAAACAUCUGCAUUUCCUGAAAUCAGCAUAGAAACAUCCACAGUCCGUGAAAGUGGUGGGGAAACAUCUGCAUUUCCCGAUUUCAGCAUAGAAACAGCCACAGUCCACGAAACCAGUGGAGAAGCAUCUGCGUUGCCUGCUGCUAACAUUGAAACAGCUGCCACAUCUUUGGCCAGUGGCGAGCCCUCUGGUGCUCCCGAGGAGAAGGAAAUUCCUGAUGCAGUAUCUGGAGCUGGAACACACUCGGUCGCAGGCAUUUCUGGGGAAACCUCUGUCCCAGACAUUGUAAUUAGUACCAGUGCUCCAGAUGUUGAACCAACACAGGGACCCGGGAACCCUGAAGAGGCUCAGCUCGAAAUAGAACCUUCCCCUCCCGCAGUGUCAGGACAAGAGAUGGAGACAGCUGUUGUUCUAGACAAUCCUCAUCUGCUGGCCACCACUACUGCUGCCCUGCCUCAAGUCUCACAAGAAGCAAUAGAUGCAUUAGGACCCACUACAGAAGACACUGAUGAGUGCCACUCAAGCCCCUGUCUGAAUGGAGCUACCUGCGUUGAUGGCAUCGACUCUUUCAAAUGCUUAUGCCUUUCCAGCUACGGAGGUGACCUGUGUGAGAUCGACCUUGAAAACUGUGAGGAAGGCUGGACCAAGUUCCAGGGCUACUGCUACAGGCACUUUGAAGACAGGGAGACUUGGAUGGAUGCAGAGAGCAGAUGCCGACAACAUCAAGCCCACCUGAGCAGUAUCAUCACCCCAGAGGAGCAAGAAUUUGUAAACAGUCACGCACAAGACUACCAGUGGAUCGGCCUCAGUGACAGAGCUGUGGAGAACGAUUUCCGCUGGUCCGAUGGGCACUCCCUGCAAUUUGAGAACUGGCGGCCCAACCAGCCCGAUAACUUCUUCGCGGCGGGUGAGGACUGCGUUGUGAUGAUCUGGCAUGAGCAAGGAGAAUGGAACGACGUUCCCUGCAACUAUCACCUCCCUUUCACCUGCAAGAAAGGAACAGUGGCCUGUGGGGACCCCCCUGUGGUGGAGAACGCCAGGACCUUUGGUCGGAAGAAGGACCGCUAUGAAAUAAACUCCUUGGUGCGGUACCAGUGCGACCAAGGCUACAUCCAGCGCCACGUGCCCACGAUCCGGUGCCAGCCCAACGGGCAGUGGGAGGAGCCGCGGAUAUCCUGCAUAAACCCCUCCAACUACCAGCGCAGGCUAUACAAGAGGAGCCCCAGGAGCCGGUCGAAACCCAGCGGCAGCGCCGUGCACAGACCCACCCAUUAGAGCGGGGCCAGAGACACCCGGGAGGAAAGCGAGAAAGAGAGAUUUUUUUUUAACAGAACAGUUAUAUUAACAGAGUCGAUUUCUUCUUCUUCUUCUUGCUUUUUUUGUCAUAUAAGGAAAAAAAAAAAAGUUAUAUUAAAGACAAACCCACCUUUGUGUAUAUAUAUUAAAAAAAAAAAUAAUAAUUAAUGUUUUUCCAAGCACCAAAGCAAAGUGAAUUAGAUCUCAGCAUUUUUACUAACCGUCCGGUUCCAAUUAUCUUCGUGCCUUCGGGGACAGGGAGGGGGGUGGGUUUGCAGAGGGCAGGGGGUUAAGUUAAAUAAUAAAGAUGAUUAUUUUUUCCUGAUUUUAUCCACGAACAAUGUAAUUAUUUCUGUUAUUUAAUCUCCGGGGUGAACAGCACCUUUUGGGGUUUUAUUUUAUUAUUUUUUGGUUGUUUUUUGUUUUUUCCAGAAUCCUCCUACUGCUGCAGUGCGUCGGGGCGGGUGGGGAGGGCCGGGGGGGCUGCGGUGGAAGGAGCUGUGGGAGGAGGGAGGAGAAGGGAUGCUGAGACCCGGGACCCGGGCACUGGGGGCUGCAGCCCCUCUCUGCUUCCCCACCGCCCCCCCUGCGGCUCAGCGCCCGUCCUGGGACGACGUGCUCUUUCCAGGGGACCGUGCGGGGCACCAGCGUUCCCUGCACCUAUUUAUAUUUUUUGAACAUAUCCUAUUUUGAAAGAAUGAUAAAUAAUAAAGAGAGUGAAAUCGGAACGGGCACUUCGUCUGCGUUGGUUUUUUUGGGGAAGGGGGAGCGUCUGUGUGGGUGAGGGGGUGGGGAUGUCUCCUGUGGCAAGGCAACAAGAAAGGAAGAGGAGCCCAAACAGGGUGCUCAGCCCCAGCCAGCACCAAAGGUGCAGCCCUGGGGACAAUGGAGGUCCAACUGAAGAAGGACCCUGGGGUAGGACAUCACCACCCUGUUCAGGUCUUGCCCCAGGAGCAGGUUAACCCACAUGCCCAAAAACCCAUCUAAAAACCAUCAGCAGCAAGAACUGCUUCACCCUCCAGCUUUCAGUCCUGACAACCAGGGAGAUAAUUAACUUUCAUUAAUGAAGGAACAUGGGGACCCUUGCAGGAGCUCAGGCAGGCAGAGGGCUGAGCCAGCAGCGAUGAGACAAUGCUCAGCCAAGGAUGAGACAGUCCUGGGUGUCCAUCCGGGGAUCCCCAAAUCCCCUCUCCAUGGCAAACCCCUCUCUUGUGCUGGCACAGAGAUGGGGACACAGCCACGUGGCUCCAGGGCUUUCUCCACCAAUUUAUUAGAAGAGGUCCAGGAAAAUACAUCUUUUCAUAAACAAAUUCUUUAAGAAGAAGGCACCAGAGUUCAAGUGGAGUCCUGGCGAGGAGUGCAUGGAGAUAAGGCACUGGCACUCCUGCAGGGACAGGCACAGCAGCAUCCUUCAGUGGGACAGGGCUG